UCUGUCAGUUCGGUUUUAUACCUAUGUGAAAAUGUCUGUGUUAUUUCAAAAAUUGUUACAUACAGGAAAAGUAAACAGUUUUAGAAAAUUUUUAUAUCCCUCUUUAUCACACUGCAAAUGUUUAUCAGAGCGUAAAUUUUCAGAUAGCCAUAACAAAUUUGUAUCCUUCGACGAGGUUGCGGCUCAGAGGAGAGAUGAGGCGCGAAGAAGUCUCGUCAUUCAGGUCAACUCGGAAUCGUCAUUUAAUGAAUUAUAUGGUUAUUGUUCGAAAUAUGCCUCCAUCAAUGGCAUUCACCACUACAAAAAUUCAGGAGGCGAGCAUUUUAUGCUCGUAGAGUUUAGCACUGAACAGAGCAUGAAAGAUGUGCUGCGUAAUUGCAGCGCCCACCAAAAGGAACAUGAUGUCAUGGCUCUGAAAUCUCCAUUCUUGUGGUUCAGAGCAAACUCUGGCAAAAAGGCAAAACUCACAAUACCUACAGAUGUAUCUCUAGUCAUAAAAGAUGGAAAUGCUAUAACAGACGAAGAAAAACUGAAUGCUGAACUCCAGGCCUGUUCUAAUAUUUCUGAUCAGAUGCAGCUGCUCUAUGACAGAACCACAUUGAAUGAUAUUGGAGUGAGGUUAAGAUAUAUGGUGGCUAGACAGCUGGAGGUAGUAUUUGAGAGUCUAUACACCAACAUAGAGGUGAGGCCGUUUGGUUCGUCAGUAAAUGGUUUUGGAAGGAUGGGCUGUGACCUUGAUCUCGUGCUCACCAAUGAGUUGACUCAUCAAUUGAGUGACCCGAAAAAGCGUCUAGUGUACCAAGAGAAGAAGUGCUCGAGUGGGGUGCGGCCGUGGCAGCGGCACCUGGAGCUGGUGGCCGAGCUGCUGGAGCUGCGCGUGGCGGGCGUCAGUCGCGUCACGCGCAUCCUGCACGCGCGCGUGCCCAUCGUCAAGUACGCGCACGAACUCGCUGGCUUGGACUGCGAUCUGUGCUAUGGCAACUUAUCGGGCGUGUACAUGUCGGAGCUGCUGUGGGCGCUGGGGACGCUGGACGCGCGCGCGCGGCCGCUGACGCAGUGCGUGCGGCGCUGGGCGGCCGCGCACGCGCUCACGUCCGCGCACGCCGGCCGCUGGGUCACCAACUUCCCGCUCACGCUCAUGGUGCUGUUCUUCCUGCAGCAGCGGGGCGUGCUGCCGUCCGUCAAAAAUCUGAUCAACAGAGCCGGUAAAGAAGACAUAAGAAUAGCUGAGGAGAACGUAAACUGCACAUUCCUCCGAGACAUGAACAAGUUGCCAACAGAAUGCUACGGACAGAACGAAGCUAACCUCGAAACAUUACUUUUACAAUUUUUCGAAUUCUACUCCCAAUUCGACUUCUCAGAGAAAGCCAUUUCGGUCAUUGAAGGCAAAGCUAUACGGAAACCUAAUUCUCAACCGUUGUAUAUAGUGAAUCCGUUAGAAAACAUGUUGAAUGUAAGCAGAAACGUUAGCUAUGAAGAAUGUGAAAGGUUGAAGGCUGAAAUUAGGAACGCUGCUUGGCAAUUAGAAGCUGGAUCAGAUGAUAAAAAGUCUGACGAUUGGGGAUUAUUGUCUUUGAUUGAAAAGAAGAGUUCUAGAGGUUUGAAACGGUUGCUGCGAGUUGGAAAUUCACAUAGACUCGUAGCGGUCAAAGACUUGUUCAAUGAAGAUGACGACAGCGACAAAGAAGAAGGCUUUAGAAGUAAAUUAGAAAGACUGACGCAGAAAUCUGAUAAAGUUGAGGAGAGUGUGAAAGAGAUGAAAGAAGAUUUGGAGAAGAAUAGCAAAGAGAAGAAGGAUAAGAAGAUUAACUUCAAGAAUAGUCAGGUGGCUAGUGAAGUGUUUAGGAUACGAAGGGAUAAGAUGGUAUGAUAUCAUAUGUUUGAUUUGUGAGUGUAACACAUGUGACUUAUAGAAGUAUGUAUAAUAUUCUAUCCACCAAUCUCCUGGCUCUGUCUACCCCGUAAAGGAUGAAGACGUGAUACUAUACCUAUCGAUCGACCAAACAAAGGUUUCUUAGAUAUAUCCUUAAAUAUCCGUCAUUUUUUCUUUCUUGUCCGAAUGUUUUUCAGGAUACACUUGCGGAAUUACUUAAUUUGUCAUUAAACCAUGUAAAGUCACAUGCGUAUAUAUGUAUACAAAUGCAUUAAAUUUAAAUUCAAAUUUGUCACAUUGGUAUAAGAACCGAAUACUUAUUAAUGUACGUGUUAGUUACCCUGCAUGGACCUUAAUGCCGCGGUGAUAGUGGCGAAUUUGCAAUGAGCACGGGUAGCUUAUGUUGAUGACUGUAUAAUGUGCUGAGUUAUCUAUAAUACAGGUAGACAAAAUACUACAGUGCAGUCUGAAAUAAUGUCUUCUAAUGUAUUUGGGUAAAUUGUACACCAAGUUGUUUAGUUCACGUUGUUUUAUGAACCCUAAUGUAUUGUAAAUAAAUAUAGUUAUGUAUAUUA